AUGGACGCCGAAGAAGGAGAUCUGAGAAGCCCCAGGGGACCAGCCUCUCCAACUGGAAGCUCUCGAAUGAGAGAGGAUGCGAUUUCCCCUAGAGGAAGAACCUCGGCAUCUAACGACGAGGAUGGCUUGCGACGCCGUAGCUCAGCUAGACGUAGCGGUGGAAUCCCCAGUCUAGCCCCGAGAACCACACUGGCUGCUAGAACCCAAGGAAAAUUCACAAUGGCCGGCCCGGAGGAGACAACGCAACUGCGAAUGGCCCAGGAGCCUUUCGUCCAGCCUGGAUACGGAGAUCUCAACCCGUCAUACGAACAGCCGGCCAACGCGAAGCCAGUCUGGUCUUUGGCGAAGCCCCUGCCCCGUGUCGUGCGACCGGGCAUGGUGCCGACCAGAGAUGAGCUGAUUCAACAACGUGCCAAUGCUCAGUUACCGAUGGAAAACUCCCAGCGGUAUGGGCUGGACGUCGACCCCAAUGACCUCGAAGAAGGGCGAAUCGAAAAAACCUCGGACCCCCGGAAAAUGGCGGCGCAGGUUGAAGAUGCUCGUCUCCAGCGCGAGCAAGCCUUCAUGAACAAGAUCCUGAGUGGUGACACCCAGUCUACGAGACAAGGCUCGCGCAUGUCUCGCACUUCCUCCACUCGCCGGAGACGUCCAUCUCGCUGGAACAACAACGAUCAGGAUGCGUUGUCAGCGGUAGCGGAGGGAGACUCGCGAACAUCGGAAGAAACUCAGGGCCAGACACGCCCAGGGUACUUUGGUGAUGAUCCAUUAGCCGAUAUUCCUGAACAGCAAGACACGCCGCUGGACGAGGCACUGGCGGAUGAUAAGUUUGAAAUCCCUAUUCUGGAUGAGUCAACUCAUCCCGAAGAUUUGCACCCAUUGAUCCAGGAUUUGGUGGAAGAUGAAAUCCACAACAACCACACCACUUGGUCUGUUAUCCGCACCCAUCACCGCGAGGCUCUAGCCGAGGCCCUGGCGGUCUUUGUUCAGCUCACAAUUGGUUUCUGUGCCGAUCUUUCUGUUACUGUCGCAGAUGCCGGCAACCCCAACACCACUGCGUGGUCAUGGGGAUUCGCUACCAUGAUCGGUAUCUACAUUUCUGGUGGUGUUUCCGGUGCUCAUCUUAACCCUGCCGUCACUCUCAUGCUUUGGUUUUACCGCGGUUUCCCAAAGAGCAAGAUGCCCGAGUACUUUGCUGCACAGUUCCUUGGUGCCUUCUGUGCUGCUCUUGCAGCCUACGGUCUAUACUACGAGUCGAUCCAAUAUUGGCUUGCGAGUAAUGCGGAAUCUGACAUCAUGAAUAGUUUCGUGACUAGCCAACGUGAAACCUGGAUUGGUGCUGGAACUGCCUUUGGAAAUGAGUUCCUAGGAACAGCAUUCCUUGCAUGUACUAUUCUGGCGCUUGGUGAUGAUCAAAACGCCCCGCCCGGUGCUGGUAUGAACUCGCUCAUUAUUGGACUCGUCAUCAGCUGUCUAUGUAUGGUCUUUGCCUACCAGACUGGCGCCGCCUUCAACCCCAGUCGUGACUUUGGUCCUCGUCUUGCUCUCCUGGCUUUGGGAUACCCUCGCGAGAUGUUCCUCAACGCGUAUUGGUUCUACGGACCCUGGGUUGGUGCCAUCAGUGGUGCCUUUGGCGGUGCCUUCCUCUACGACUUCUUCAUUUUCACCGGUGGAGAGUCUCCGGUCAACUACCCAUGGGAGCGUACGGAGCGUGCCAUGAGGAAGAGUCGCAUGAAGUGGAAGCGUCGCCUUCAUAUCUCCAAGAAGGAAGACGAUGUCACCAGAGUUUGA